AUGUCUACAUCAGAAGAUAUUCUCUCAAGUCUUGAGCGCCAACGUGUGGAGUUGGAGCAUCAAAUUUCCGAUCUCCAGCAAUCUCUGUACAAAUGGCGUGUCUGGGAUGCAGAAUUCGACGGCUUAAAGGAAGAGUUAUCCGCUCUCGAUGAUAACAGCUCAAAGGAAGAUAUUCUUUGCACUGCAAAGGAUUAUGGCGGAUUGCUCGUCACUGAAAAUGAGAUCAAGAAUUUGCUAGGCGAAUCGCAGGGCGUGAAUCGGAACCGACGGCAGGUCAUCGAGGUGAUUGAACGCCGUGUUGAUUAUGUACGAGAUAAUAUCAGGACGUUGGAAAAGAGAAUUGAGGUGGCUGAGAAAAAGUUACUGAAGAUGGUGGUCGUUGAACAACCUGGUGGGGAUCUUAAUGAAGAAGGACUACCGAUGACGGAUAUUGUGGAAGAGCUUGACGACGCAGGGAGGGUGAUAUCAGGUUCUACGACUACACCCGGAAGGUCAGCGGAGGAAAUCUUAGAGGUUCUUAAAAGGGCAGGUGUGAAAGAUAUACCGGAGGGCAACGUGGAAGAUUCAAAGGCGAUAUCGGAAGCGGAAAGCAAAGGAGAUCCUAAUCCCAUGGGCGUGGACGCGGGCCUCACGACGGAUUCAAAAGUGACCGAUGCAAAUGAAAGUACUGGACGGUUUGAACACUGUUUGGCUGAUGGUGACGUGGCAAGUGGUUCGGUCUCCAACAUUCCGACAGUUGGCUCGACUGUGAGUAGCCAAUCUGUGUCUGAGCGAAUGGACAGGGAAGGUGAUAUUCAAAUGCCAGAGUUAGACGAAUCUCCUGAAGACGCUGCAUUGCGUAGAGAGAUUCUCCAAUAUGGUCUUGAAGAAGUUGGAGCUGUGGUUGCGGAACUCGAAAUAGACAAAUCUGGCAGUGAGUUUUCCAUAUCCGACGAAGAAUACGAUGACUAUAUCAUGAGUGAUGAGUAUGAAGAGGAGGAUGAAUAUGGUCGGGCCACAAGGCGGGUUCUUUCCGAUGAAUAUCACAGGCAAAUGCGAGACCUCGAAAAGAAACUAAAUGCCAAGAGUUUGCACAAUAUUGGUCCUGACACCAGUAUCCUACCUCCUGAAGUUAGACGGGGUCUGGAAGAACCUGACUUGAAGCCUGCAAUAUCUGGGAAAAAUGAAGACAAACUGGCAAAGAAAAAAAAGGUUGCCUUUGCAGACGAGCUAGAUAUUGCACCAGAUCCAUCUACUCUCGCUCCAGCUGGCAACUCACCCGAAAGUCCUAGGAAGCCGAAGGCUUCUGAAACUCCAGCUAUCCAUGAUGUAGUAAUGGAACAUUCUAGCGCACCGAAUAACACUGCUAUUUUCGAGUCGAAGCCAAGGAAAAAGGCAUCGCGCUUCAAAAUCGCUCGGGCAGGUGAAGGACAUGUUCGGCCGGAACCCGUCUCUGUGCCUCUCACCACAAAUUCGCAAACUUCACGCCCAUUAUUCCGCUCGAAAGCUCCUCCAGUCACGCCAACACUUUUCCCAGCUACGACUUCGGAUCCAAAACCUUUUUCUCAGCCAAUUGAAGACCCAGAUUCCGAUUUUUCCAGAUCAAGCACGAUCGCCGAUAAUCUCAUUGAACGUGAAGUCAAUGACACUUCAGCUCUCCCUCCAGAUCCUGAGGACUUCGACGAGGCCUUUCUCAAGCGGCAGAUUGCAACGGAAUUUUACAAUCUUCGAAACAGGAAAAUCCAGCAGGAGGGCGGAUUCAUGCGAGAAGAAGACGAACCUCAAAUCAUUCCUCUUGAUGCCGAGUCAAAUUCUAAUAAACCGCGCAUGAGUCGUUUUAAAUCUGCCAGAGUGAAAAGGAAUUCGGGGAGUUAA